CUGUGGGUAAAAAAAACUCACUUUGUAGAGGAGACGGUGAGAACGAUAGCAGCUAACUAAAUCGAUGCUCUAUUUUCCCAAUCUUCUUGUGAACUCUGCUGUUCUUCUGUUCGAUCGAGCAGUCAAUGCAAGCUGUGGUCCUCGUUCAACAUUGUUCAGUCAUCAGGACGGGUAAGACAAUUGAACCAUGGAGGAACAAGGAGAGAGCCCCAAAGCGGUGAAAGUGGAGGGAAACCCUCACAGCAUCAUCCUGACAUACUUCCAGGGGGACAUCAACAGCAUGGUGGAUGAACACUUCUCGCGAGCUCUUGGCAAAAUCAAGGCAAACGAGACCGCUGCAAGAUCAAAGAAAAUCCGCAAAACUGUAAAAAUGGAGAGCACAGACGACUGUCAGCGUAGAAUGUCCGUCCCUUAUUCUGAAUCCCAGGUACCACCUGUAGGCGGACACAUCCUCACCCUCAGCUCAGCAGAGGAGACCCCGGGUUCCUGGAACACAUUCAGAUCGAGUGAAGGUCCGGCCCUAUCAACCAUCAUGUGCUCCCUGUCCCCAGAUGGGUUAAAUCUCACUGGACAGCAGUACUCCACAUCCCUGCUUAACCUGCUGCAUGGUGACAGGGGAGAACUUGGAGCAAGCAUUGCCUCUAGCUCUAAGCCGGACCCUUUACCAAGCUGGAGCGUCCCCCCAGGGUUUAGGGAGUCUGUGGACUCUCCUAUUGUCUUUGAACCUGGGCGACAUGCGGAUAAGAAGGACUUGUACUGGUACUGAGGUGAAAGCAAGACGUGUGAAAUGAACAGAGGAUAGCUGUAGUUCACCAGGCCUCAUUCUGUUCACCGAGCAGAGCAGCAUUUUGAUUUCCUUACGAGUUCUUUCUCCAUUCUUCACCGAAAUGACAUCAGAACCUGAGCGCGCACUGGGACAGCCUCUACUGAAAGAAAAGCUCGCCGACAAACCAGUUCUUCAGCUUUUCUAAUUCCUCCUUGAAAUCACCCUGAGCACAGGCUGUGUUUUCACAUGUUUGGAGGUGAAGUUGGACACAGUGCACUUGGGUGGGUUUUUCUGCUGUCAACAUACCAGUGUUAAAUCACAAAAACUUUUGAGCCUCUAUUAUGUGUAAAAAAUGACUAAAAACUGAUCUACCUAAAGUUUACUUGGCUGGUUUAGGUUUCUCGGAUAUUAUAGAAACAGGGAAGUAAAGCUGUGUUUAGUCGAUAAGUUGAUGAAAAUUAUAACUUUUUUUUUUGUAUUGUGAAAAAUACUGCUGAGAAUAUUUAAAGGCAUUAGUUAGUAUUCAACACCUCUUACACUGUAAUUAUACUAGACUGAUGUCUGUGAGUUUAAC